UCCUCUGCAAACAUGUCUCGCUCUUGGCUGGUGUGCCUUUUGGCCUUUCUCGUCUGCGUGGUGGCCUUCACUCAAGGUCUUCCUCUGCAGGAGGAUCUGAAUGAGAAGAACGUGCCUGAUGGACGCAUUGUGGGUGGCUAUGUAACGGAUAUAGCCCAGGUGCCCUACCAGAUUUCUCUGCGUUACAAGGGCAUCACCACGCCAGAGAACGCCUUUCGUCAUCGCUGCGGUGGUUCCAUUUACUCCGAAAAUAUAAUCAUAACAGCGGCGCACUGCAUCAUUGGAACGGUGGCUAGUCAGUACAAGGUGGUGGCGGGAACAAAUCAUCAGACUGGCACGGAUGGCGUCAUUACCAAUGUUAAGGAGAUCAUCAUGCACGAGGGAUACUUCGCGGAAGCCGCCUAUGACAAUGACAUUGCCAUUCUCGUUGUGGAUCCCCCAUUGCCUCUCAAUAACUUCACCAUCAAGGCUAUUAAGUUGGCAUCGGAACAACCACUUGAGGGAGCUAUUAGCAAGAUCAGCGGAUGGGGAACCACUUCACCCGGCGGUUACUCCUCAUAUUAUCUUCUUGCCGUCGAUGUACCGAUCGUGAGCCAUGAGGACUGUAAUAGCGACUACGAGAACUUCGGCGAUGAGAACUAUUGGAUCACACCAUCGAUGUUGUGUGCCGGAAAGAGAGGAGUUGGCGGCGCUGAUGCCUGUCAGGGAGACUCUGGAGGUCCGUUGGUGGUGCGAGAUGAGCUGCACGGUGUCGUGUCGUGGGGCAACAGUUGCGCCCUGGCCACUCAUCCCGGCGUCUAUGCCAAUGUGGCUAACCUUAGGCCCUGGAUCGAUGCCCGUUUGGCAGAGCUCCAACUAGAACCACACGCCCGUUCAAAUCAAAGGAUCAUGUGCAUCCCGCUGCUGCUGCUGGCCAUAGGAUUCUCCUCCAUAUUAUCUAUCUCAGCCCAACCGGAGGCCAGGAUAAUCAAUGGCACUUCAGUGGAUAUAGCCCGUCAUCCGUAUCUUGUGUCCCUUCGCUAUCGGCGGGGUGAAGAUUCUAGCUACAAGCAUGAAUGUGCCGGUGUCAUUAUCUCGGAGCAGGCAGUACUGACCAGUGCCCAGUGUCUUUAUGGUCUACCCGAGGGCACUAAGCUUCUAGCAGUGGCUGGAGCAAAUACCCGCAGUGGUUGCGAUGGAUUCGUUUACCCCGUAGCCAAUUGGACUUAUCAUCAGAACUACGAUCCCAUCACAGUUGAUAAUGAUAUUGGUGUCCUCCAGUUGGACACACCCCUGAACCUCACACACUUUGGAAUUAGCUCGAUUGCUAUCCGUCCAGAGCGUCCGGCUGUUGGUCGUUUGGCAACCGUUGCCGGAUGGGGCUAUCGGGAGGAAUGGGGCCCCUCCAGCUACACCCUGGAGCAGACACAAGUUCCGGUGGUGAGCUCUGAGCAGUGCACUGAAAUCUACGGAACGGGUGAGGUCACCGACCGGAUGAUCUGUGCAGGUUUUGUGGCCGAAGGAGGCAGUGAUGCCUGUCAAGGAGACACUGGUGGACCCUUGGUUAUCGAUGGGCAGCUGGUUGGUCUAGUGUCCUGGGGACGCGGAUGUGCCCGACCCAACUACCCCACCGUCUAUUGUUACGUGGCCAGUUUAGUGGAUUGGAUCGAAGAAACCAUUGCAGCUGCCGGAGCGAAAUAAACAUUGGCAUUUCCACGGC